AUUCUGAACCUUGCCUGCAUUUUACCUGGACUGUCAUUGAACCACUCUGCCUGACUGCCAACUGCAAGUGCCUGUUUGCUAUGCUCAUAUGUAUUUAUACCAGGGGCGGGCUGACAACUCAUGGGGCCCCCGGGAAUUAGGGGAUAAUGGGGCCCCUGUGUCCUUGCCCAAACUCAAAAAAGCCUAUGAAAAAGGUACCAGGGGCAUGUCAUGGGGCCCCCUACUGACCCCGGGCCAUCGGGCAGUGCCUGAGUUUCCGAAUGGUCAGUCCACCCCUGAU